CUGAAGCUCUAAUUAAAAUCGAUAUAGACUCCCAAACAAUGAGAAACGCGCCCACUGUGAAAAGAAACUCAGCGUAAGCCAUAUUGCCCGCAGAUUUCCUUUUCUUCUUGCUGUAUUUACAGUUUCUCGUGCUAUCUAAUAUAUCUGGUCCAUUAAGGUCGCUACGAUGGCUCCGGCCAGGCUUUGUCGGGCGAUUCUGGCGCUGGCCCUGGCGCUGGCAGCUUGCUCCACACGCAUGGCAAAUGCCCAACCUGCGUGCCCCGCGGUCGCCGGCUACACAUUCUACCGCCUCCAAGACGCGGCUGGCUCCGUAACCCUAGCCACGCUCGACGCCGCCGCCGCCACCUCCGUCAGCGCCAUCGCUGACGUGUGCGCCAGCACCCCCCGCUGCAACGCCUUCACCGCCGCGGGCCAGCUUCGCAUUGUGCCCACGCGCCCCGUGUUCACGGCCCUGGACGCCAGCGCGUCCGACACACAGGAGUGUGACGGCAUCUACGUCUCCGCCCGCAGCCUGUCCGGCCUAAUCCUGCCCGAGGGCGUGGACGCCUCCACCCUGGCCCGUGACGGCGCCACCAAGCUGGGUGACAGUCUGGCGGAGCAGGCGGCGGCCAAGCGCGUGGCGGCCAAACUCAAGGAGAAGGGCUUUGACCCCAAGGCCGCCGACAAGCUGCCGAGAUCAGCAGUGGCCCAGGCCUUCAAGGAUGCCAACGUGCCCCAGGCCCAAACCUCCAGCGGCACCUCUGGCGGCGGCUACACCUACUCGGGCGUUGUGGCCGCCAUCACCUACCCUGUGUGGGACUCGCGCCAGGCCAACUCCACCUCCUACAGCUUCAUCACGCCAGUCAAGGACCAGGGCAGCUGCGGCAGCUGCGUCGCAUUCGCCGCCGUCGCCUCCGCAGAGGCCGCCGUCGGGGCCGGCUCCAAGACCGCGUCCAACAGUCUCGACCUGUCAGAGCAGUGGCUGUUCUUCUGUGACGGCACCGGCUCCCCCUCCUGCGGCGGCGGCUGGUACGCCUCCGCCGCCACGUCUGUCAUCGUGUCCAAGAACCUGCCGCAGGAGCCCUUCUACCCCUACAAGGCCGCCCCCACCACCUGCACCCCCACAUCCACACCUGUGCUGUACGCCGGCGGCGCCUUCACCCGCACCACCAUCUACGACCUCACGGCCGCCAAGGCGCACAUCCGCACCUACGGCAGUCUGCUGACCUACUUCGCCGUCUACAACGACUUCUUCAACUGGAACAAAGCCAGCGCUCCGUACAAGUGGGACGGCGUGAGCUCCCUGGCCGGCUACCACCAGGUGUCCGUGGUCGGAUACAACGACACUGGUGCCUUCUGGAUUGUGAAGAACUCUUGGGGCACGUGGUGGGGCGAUGGCGGCUUCUUCCGCAUCGCCUACACCAACGGCGUCGGCUUCAUGUCCUGCUCAGGCGACAACUGCCAGGGUCUCAUGUGGACCGGCUCCCCCUCCCCAAGCCCCUCUCCCUCCCCCUCUCCCUCCCCAUCCCCCUCUCCCUCGCCGUCCCCGUCCCCCGUUGUCUGCGGCAACAACGCGUGUGAUGCCGGGGAGAGCUGCAGCUCCUGCCCUGCCGACUGUGGCGUGUGUGCGGUGUGCGGCGACGGCGUGUGCGGCGGCGGUGAGACGUGCGCCACCUGCGCGGCCGACUGCGGCUAUGUCCAGGCCGACGGCUCCAAGAGCUGCUGCGGAGAUGGCGUGUGCGGCGCCGGCGAGAGCUGUAGCUCCUGUUCGAAGGACUGCGGCGCCUGCCCCGCCUGCAACAACAACGGCAUCUGCGACUAUGCCGCUGGCGAGCGCUGCCUCAGCGGCAGCAGCGGCUGCGCCGACUGCGGCGCCUGCGGCACGGGCGCCUUCUGUGGCGACGGCAAGUGCACCAGCGCCCGCAGGGGUUACACGGAGGACUGCUCCAUCUGCGCCCAGGACUGCAAGGCCUGCAACGACCCCCUGGGCUACUGCGGCGACGGCAAGUGCACGGUCGGCCGCGAGACCACAUCCACCUGCUCGCGCGACUGCAAGAACAGCAAAUUCAGUUCCAAGACCCCGUCGCCAGGCACCGCCGACACCACCACCACCACAACGACCGGCAACAACGGAAACGGAAACGGAAAUGGAAACGGAGUUGGUAAUGGCAACGCCAACGGAGUGGGGGCGGGCCUGACCAAGCCCAAGCACCUGCGCCAGCUGAUGCGCGGCGCGUAGUUUCAUAGCUGCAUACGUGGAGCAACGAUUCAAGACAGUGCCACUGGUACUGGUCCGAUCAUAAGAGUAGGGUGUGCAGUAGAUGAGUGUGUGCGCCUGUGUGGGAUUGUGUGCUGUGCGGGGUGGGAAAUCUUGGCAUUCAUCCCCCGGAGCCGUUCCGGGCCCCUCCCUGAGCAAGGGACGCGGUAUCAGGCAUUUUGCCCUUACUUGAGAGUGAGAGCCAAUUUUCUUGUCAUCCCGAGAGCAGGACAACGCAUGCAGUUGCCCUCCGUCCUGAUGCUGUGGGUGGCAGUCGUAGGAAGGUAGAAGAAAUGUCGGUACGGUAUCAGCAGCAGUUGUGCGGUGCACACCCACGGUGCACACCCCAUUCAUCCCUUUGUUUGAAAGGUUGCCUGUGUGCUUAUGAGUUGUGCCCGCGGCGUAAACAGCUGCACCAUUCAUCCCUAGAGCUUCCAUCCAAGUCUGUUGCACUUAGAUGUUGUCUCUUCCUAGGUAGCGUGUGUCUGUCUGCAUGGCGCUCCCAAGUUUGAGGUUAAUAGCUACCGUCGCGGUAGUCAACGCUUACUAUCAUGGUAGUAUGUGUAGCGUAACUGUCGCAGCGAGUGCGAUACUGGGAGGUGGAGACGUUGGUGUGUGUCAGUGUGUGCAUGGGAGUCCCGCAAGUGUCAUCAUGAGGCAUGGUGGCGGAAGACGACCUGCAGCAGCAUACAUGCAGACAAGUGUGGUUCUCAGCGUUCAUGAAGCUUUAAUUCCUGUUCUUGACGAUGCUGUUAUUCAUUGUAUGUGCUAACGUGAAGCUGUGGAGUGUGGGCGUGGUGGGUGUGACGCUUGUAUUUCAGGGGCAUGCCAGGGGGGGGGGGUAAGAAUGCCGCAGACAUACCCCACCCUUCAAAUUGAAAGAGCUUGACGAGAGCGUUCAGAAUCCGCUUUCAGAAUUUUGAUCAGGGUAGUAAUUGCGGAGAUAUGGGCCCCCAAAGUUCAGGGUCGGUCGUCGGUCCCCACGGUCCCCAAGGUUUCGUCACGGUGUGCCUUUCGUCUGGGCCUCAUAAGACAGCCGGGCAAGCCCAGACCGUUGCCCAAAGCAUGUAAUGGAUGCUUUUUACGGCUGGGAAACGUCAGGAGCCUACCAAAAGACGAAGGGCUACCGCCCGUCAACACAUGUUGGGUUGGGAUGUUGGGGUGCGACAUGUCUCGCCUGACCAGAACGUGCCACAAGUCGCGGACCGGUGCUUGCGCGCCGGAGGAAAACGCACGUGUAUGUCCCAUGCGUAGGUAAGUCUCGUAAGCGUGCUUUACACGGGUGCAACUGAACGGCCGCAAGAUGUUGACUACAUGUCGACAACAUGGCUGUGGUCAAGACGCGCCCGACGAACUUUCCGUGUUUACAUGCUAAUAGAGCUCGCUGAAAGCAGUCGUUUGACACCAUCCUGGAAGAAAACAGAGGGGGUUUAGGGGGUGUACGGCACGGUACGGCACGGUCGGUCGUCGGUCAGGGGGGGUCGGGAGGUUUUGCGGGGUGGGGUCUGGAACUAUUGUUCGUACCCCCCCCCCCUGGGCAUGCCAUGCGCGUAGGCAGGGGUUUGGCGCGGCGGCGGCAUGUAUGGCAGGUAGGGGAGGUGGAGCGGGAAGGCCUGGAAGGUUGAGUUGCAGCAUGCAGCCACAUCCGUCCCGCGAAGUCGAAUGGGCGCCUGUGCUUUCUUAGGACUUACUUGACAGUAGGUUGUGUACAUGCGAUUAGGCGUCUCACACAUAUGAGUUGCUUGGAUGGUACCGCUGUGGCGAAUCGACAAGGCCUGUCUGAUUGGUCUGUGCGCGGGAAUCAAUGGGUCGGGUGUUGGGACGAAUUCCGGUCAGGGGUGGGGGCACGACGUGCACGCACGCGGACGUGCGGGGUGGUUGUGUUCAGCUUGGCGGUGUGCUGACAUUCGCGCGUGCUGUACGUCGGACACACGUGCCGGCGAGCGUGACGCGGACGCAUCAUGAGUCAUGGGCUCAUGGUUGGCCAUGUACGGCUGUACGUACGGCAAAUACGGCCACCAUGUUGUCGUAUG